AUGGGUCUGUUAUUGGGUUCAUCGCGACCCGCAACCAAAGACAAGCUCUGAUGCCUUCUGACGCACGUUUCCACUCCUCUCGCCUCUUUCUUCUUCUCGACUGAAACGGUGCGAGCUGCGCAGACUUUUGCUUUGUGCAACACCCGCCCAUUGACACCCAGACCGCGUACACGAAACCCUCGAGCAGCUCUCAGUUGCGAUACACCAGUAGCGCACUACAUCAUCCACUUUCGUCAUGUCUACCCAACCACUCCUCCAGACCGCGCCGGGCAAGCGCAUCGCGCUCCCCACCCGCGUCGAGCCCAAGGUCUUCUUCGCCAACGAGCGUACCUUCCUCUCAUGGCUCAACUUCACCGUCAUCCUCGGCGGCCUCGCAAUCGGCCUCCUUAACUUUGGCGACAAGAUUGGAAAAAUCUCCGCCGGCCUCUUCACCCUUGUUGCCAUGAUGGCCAUGAUUUACGCCCUCUUUACCUUCCACUGGCGCGCGAGGAGUAUAAGGAUGAGGGGCCAGGGCGGCUUCGAUGACAGGCUGGGUCCCACCAUCCUCACCAUCGCUCUGUUUGCUGCCGUCAUUGUCAACUUUGUCCUGAGAUUGACCAUGGGAGGCGAUGAGCACAGCAAGCACUAGAUUUGUGUAACUAAACCAUCGAGCAUACAAGCCAUCUUGGGCGGAAGCAUGCGGGCGCACCGAGAAUAUCGUGCCAGAAAAUGAAUGACGCGUCAGAGAAUGAAGAAAAACGUGGCCGGCUCGUUGUAACACGCACUGUUCUGUAAGAUUUGUCGGAGACGAAGGGAGUUUGGACCAAAAAAAAAAGAGAUGGGCGUUUCUUUUGGUUGUUCAAAUGGAGUUUGAGUUGUUGCUGUGGAUUUUUUGUAUUAAUAUGCAUCAAUGCGAGUGUACUUCGU